UAACACGGAAAUUUUACUGAAAUCUUGAUUUUAAUUGUACGGUGUAUCACCUCUACUGUGUCAUGUUACGUGUGGGUGUUUCAAAUCUAUAAAACGUGCAGAGCUACAGCAAACCGUAUCCGACUGAUUAUCAUCACACGUACGACACUGUCACUAUUCCCGUGGAGACUAUAUACUAACUAUGUCUUCUGUACUCCUAAUAUUUUGCUGCCUCCUUGGUCUGGGGUCAGCCUGGAACCAACCGAGCACCUGCUAUGUUAGGAGCCAAUGCUCAAGUGGAACUGAGACACAGCUAACAAAAAUCAGUGAAUCACUCGAAUAUCUAUCAGAGCUGAAACACAUUCGUGAAGCACUAGAAACUAUUGCCGACAGAUUGCUGGAUGCUGAAGGAAAUGCAAGUGCACCGGUGUCAACUACCAGCAUGCCAAUAGCAGCCACAUCAACCAUGGAAGCAACAACUGCCACUACCAGUGAACCAACAGCAACCACAUCAACCAUGGAAGCAACAACUGCCACUACCAGUGAACCAACAGCAGCCACAUCAACCAUGGAAGCAACAACUGCCACUACCAGUGAUCCAACAGCAGCCACAUCAACCAUGGAAGCAACAACUGCCACUACCAGUGAACCAACAGCAAUGACCACAGACCCACCAACUGCUUCUGACACUUGCGGUGGACCAGGAUGGACAAGAGUGGCCUACAUUAACAUGACCGACCCCAACCAACAAUGCCCUCAAGGACUUCAACUGACAGACUAUUCGAUAAGAUCAUGUGGUCGUAUACAAUCGUCUAGUAGUGGUGUUUGCGACUCUGUCAUGUUUCCAGUGGGUGGUGCCCAAUACAGGCAGGUGUGUGGGAGAGCAUUAGGUUAUCGGUUUGGACAUAACUACGCAUUCUUUGGAUACCAUGCUGCAGAUAUGCACAGGAAUAUCGAUGUUGCAUAUGUCGCUGGACUCAGUGUCACGCAUGGGCAAUCUCCACGCACACAUAUCUGGACGUUUGCCAGUGGUCUGUUCAAUGGAACCAUUGGUGACAGUCACCCUAACCAUCGCUGUCCUUGUGAUGAGGGGAACACUUAUGGUUCUCCUCUAUUUGUGGGAAAUGAUUAUUUUUGUGAUAGUGUGGCCACACCUGCUAACUGGGGUGUAAACGGGUUACGUUUCUAUCCCGACAAUGCGCUGUGGGAUGGUCAGUCAAGCCUCAACACAUGUUAUAAUAACAAUAAUCCUCCGUGGUUUACGAAAACUCUAUCAACUCCAACUACUAAUGACAUUGAGCUACGAAUGUGCUUCAAUUUUCUCAACAUACAUUCUAACAUUGGACUUCAGCUCAUGGAACUAUACAUCAGUUGAAGUGAUUGUGAAUGAAUUUUUGCUGAUAACUUUAACAAUAAGUUUAGCUGAGUGAGAACAUGAACACUACAAGUGAACUCUACCUAGCAUUCUCGUAUUGUAGCACUAGCUAUAAUAGUUUGUUGCAUGUUUGAAAAAGAUCAAAGAAGCCACAGCGCAACUAUU